AUGUGCUGUAUUGGGGGAAUUUUGAGGUAUAGAGAAGGGAAAGUGUUGGGGAUAUUCUCUAGAAAAGUGGAGGUGCGACAAGCUGAUGAGGCGGAGGUGUUGGCUAUUUUGUAUGCUUUGAUGUUUUGCCAACAAUUUAUGGUUCUUGCUGUGGAGAUUGAGAGUGAUUCUACUCUUGUUGUUGGUUGGGUAAGCGAGGCGAAAAACAGGCCUUGGAACCUCACAAAUGAGCUGAAUAUGAUUGAUUACUUGUUACCAGUGGUGGCUUGUAACUGGGUGACUCAUAUAUUAAGGGAAGGGAAUGCGGAGGCGGAUGAGCUGGCUAAGGAAGGGUGCUUCCGUGUGGAGCCGGUUUGGUCUUAUGUGGGUAAUACAAGGCUAUGA